UUACAUAAUGCAAAAAAUAUCAUGAAAACAUAAUAGUUUUUUUUACUAAGAAAGUAAAGAUUACUUGUGGUACGAAUCAUUUACAAACUAAACUUGUUCAUAGGAGGUGAAUCAUAUAAUAUGGCAGAAGAAAUCAAUACACUGUUAGUCUAUGUCUAGCAGCAGCAGUAAUAAGGAGUUAUUUAUUUAAAUCUUUAUAUAUCCGAUUUAUAAUAUUUUUAAAUGGCUGCAUUUUCAUUAAAUAUCCAAAAACAUAUUGAAUUAAGUCUUGUAGCUAGUGGAAAAUUUGAUGGUUCUCAUGCUUGCUUAGUAGCUGUAACUUCUGGAGGAAAUGUUUUAGUGCACAGUCCUCAUAGACAACCUCAAAUUAAGAACAAUGAUUCUGAACAACCAGAUGGAAGAUUAUCUUGGAGUGGAGAACUCGCUGAAUUGCAAAUUGGUAGUCAGGUAACAGCAAUAUGCACUGGGCAUCUUGGAGAAGAUGAAAGAGAUAUUCUGUUAAUAGGAACUGGUACACAUAUUCUUGCUUAUAAUGUAGAAGAUAAUGCUGAUAUUUUUUAUAAAGAGAUGUCAGACGGUGCACUGUGUAUAACGAUAGGAAAACUUGGAUGGCUAUCUGAUCAAGUAGCAGUAGUUGGUGGAAAUAGUUCAAUAACUGUUUUAGAUUCUAAGGGAAAAGAAAUAUUUUGGACAGUGAUGGGGGAUAUAGUUACUUCCAUUGCAAUAUUUGAUUUUGAAGGCGAUCAUGAAAAUGAAUUGCUUAUUGGUACCAAAGAUUUCGAAAUAAAAUUAAUGAAAGAAGAUGCAAUAGUGUGGGAUACGAAAGAAACGGCAUCGAUAACUGCAUUAGCAGGGCUUUCAAACAAACAAUUUGCAUAUGCAGUUGGAAAUGGAACAAUAGGUGUUUAUGAAGUUGGUCAAAGACUUUGGCGAGUUAAAUCUAAACACAGAGCAGUGUCUAUACGAAGUUUUGAUAUAAAUGGAGAUGGUAUAUUAGAGCUCAUUACUGGAUGGAGUAGUGGAAAAGUUGAUGCAAGAUCAUGUAAUACUGGAGAUGUAAUAUUUAAAAUACAAUUAUCUACUAGUGUAGCUGGUAUCGUAGAAGCUGAUUAUAGAAGACAAGGUAGACCAGAUUUAGUUGCUGUAUCUACUUCAGGAGAAGUGCGUGGAUAUGCUUCUGGAACUUCAAUGGAUGCUCCAGAACCUGGUGAAAGAAUGCGUGAAUUAUUGUCUAAGAAACAAGCAUUGCAAAUGGAACUCCGACAAAGAGCUGCAUCAGUACCAAAUAUGUAUCAUCAUACAAAGUUGGCAGUUAGUUUAAUAUCAGCUAGAGGUGCAGCUCGUCUCGGUGUUGCAGCUGGACCAGGUCUUUUGGUUCAUUGUGCCAUAGUAUUUGCAGAAGGUAUAUUUGAGGGUGAAACACUUGUAGCUCAUCCAAGCAGGCCGCAAGGUGAAUUAGAAAUUGAAUUACGUCCUCCAAAAAAUGGACCUAUUGAUAUUCAUGUAAAAAUUAGUGUUGGUCCACCUGGUGCAGAUUUAUUACAAGUUUUUGAAAUGACAAGACAAUUACCCAGAUUUUGUAUGUACGAAAUUAUUUUAAAUCCAAAAGAAAUUUCUCAAAUGGAAAUAGAGAGUGGUAUUACUAUAGAGGUUGCUGAGAGAGCACAGCGUAUUGCACUAUGGUUGAAUCAAAGUCUUCUACUUGCAGAGGAAUUAGAAGUCGCGGAAGAAGGACCAAAUGCAGCAUCGAUUGAACUUUGGCUCCGUGGAUUAAGAGAUGACAAAGUUCAUUGUAUAACAGCAAAUCCUUUUGGAAAAAUAACAAUACUUACAGAAGACUCGACGUUUGCCGGUGAUAUAGUUCAAUCUUUAGCAAUGUAUUUGGGUCUUAGAGAGCUUACUUCAGAAGCUAAAUUUCCAAACGACGAAAGUAAGAUGCUGGAAGCUUUAGAAUGUGUCAAAGGUUUAAAAGAUGUCGAUGCGAAACUUCAAGCGGAAGCUGCUAGUAACGCUGUUCUUCUUAAAAGUGUUGUCAUUCGUUUAGAAGAUGCACGAAUAUUGCAAAAUGUAGAAGAAAUGAGAAAGAGAUUAUUACAAUUGAAAGCUAUUAACAGUGACCUAAUUAGAAAUCACGAAAUAAGAAUGAACAGUAAUCGAGAUCUUUCAACACAUUUGAAGGAAUUGAAUAUCGGCGUUCAGCGAGUCGCUAAAUUAAGGGUUGGAAAAGCUGCUACAAAUGCAGUUUCACGAUGUAGGACUGCAAUACAGGAUGAAAAUCCAAGGGCACUUGUUGCAGCAAUGCGAAAUGGUUGUCUGUGGUGUGGUGUCUUCUUCUUCUUCUUCAUCUUCUUCUUCUGCUUCUUCUUCGAAGACGUUCGUUGCGUAACUUCAAACAGCGGGGGAGGACUACACGCAGAAACGUUAAGAACGUUUUGUUAUAGGUGGAUUGAUAAUGAAAAAGAAGGUCAAUGGCUAGAAUAGUGUGCUGCAUAAACUUGGCAGGAAAUUAUUAUCAUAGUUGGCAUCGAUAUCAUCAACUACGUCGAGUAAUUGCAAUAUUUAAUCGAAUAUGCAUUUUAAUUUUAUCCCAUAAAUUAUGAUGAACAGACAAAAAACAUCUUCAUCAUCAAAUUUUCCUUUUCAACAUUUAUUUACGAAAAGGAAAAACAAAGAUGAUAAUUGAAAUUGUUCUUCUGGUAAAAACCUGCGUCAUUUGUAAAAGAUUAAUACCAUAAUUAGUUUUGAAAUCGUUAAAAAUAUUAUCAAAUAAUUGUCUGGAAGAGAAAGAAAUGUACUACCUAAUAGAAUGCAAUUUUUUUUCUGGUACUUUGUUCUUUUUCUUAUCAAUACGAUAGGACUGUACGAUUUGACAGUAGUACGAUAUCAUAGUUUGAUAUAAAAAUAAACGAUAUCAAAGUAUGAGACGGGAAUGACGAGUAUGUUUUCCAAAACGAUAUUAUUGAUAAGAGAAUUAUCCAUUUGUACGUUUUCUCAAUUAUGUCGACGCCAGGUCGAUGGAGAUUUGAACUUAGACCUCGUCACGAGAAAGAAGGAAGAAAUCUAUUAUAUUUCUCUUUCACUCUCUCUUUUGCUGAUUGUCUUGCAUGUUUUUUUGUUCAUCAACUUCUUUCGUUUAUCUUUGUAGUCUAAAUUUAACUCGUGCCUUUUUUUUUUUUCAUUUUUAUUUUAAACGAAAUUUCACAUCGGUCAAUUUUGAUUUCCUUUUUUUUUGUAUUUUUUAAAAUAUUAUUUAAUUUAAUUAAGCGUGUUAUAAAUUUAUUCGUGAUCGAAGUAUGAUAUAUGUAAUUGCGUAUGAGUUACAACGAAUUAU